GUGGGGAAUAGAAGAAGAAAACGAACCCCCAGUCCUGUACUAUAUAAACCUGCUGCUACUUUGUCCUUAGUCACAUUCAGUCAGCCCGUCUAGCAUCUACUAACUAAAUAACCAAAAGCAUUUCACGAUGAAUUUUCUGAACUUGAGAAAUAGUUUGGCGCUCUGCGUGUUUCUGUUUUUUCUCCAACUGUCCAUCAUCCAUCCGGUUUCCGGGCGGAAUCUCGUCAACAUUCAGCGCGUUACCCGCAACGAUCAAUAUCAUCAUCAACCUGAAAAUCAAGCUUUAGAUGUCAUACCGACUACUAAUGAACCUUUCGUACCAAUUAAUGAUGAAAUCCUUACGGCGGUGGAACAGGAAACUGUCGACAGCAGCACUGGAUCACCCAUAAUCGAAAAUGAUGUCAAUCCUUUUAUUCUAGUUGCGUCUGAUGGCCAGUUUGCCGAUGAACCGAUCCCGCAUCCAGUUGAAAUCGUGACUCCGUCGUUCCUUGACAUGGACGUUGGGGUCAUUCCGGAAGGAUCGGAACCUACAGUGAAGCAAGAGGAUCCUUCCGUCAAUCACCAAAUAGUAGAAGAACAUUUCUUCAAUAAUCUCGCAAAUUCUCCAACAGAAGUACCUGAGAAUCAAGCGCAAUUGUCAUUUGAUGCAGCACCUGCCGAUCCUGCAGUUUUUGUCCCGGAAAAUUCGCCAGUUUUCACAGACGUCUUCGCACCCGUUUCAGAUGAAUCAGAACCGAUUCAGAAAAUUGAGGAUCUUUCUGUCAUCAAUCCCGCGGUUUUUGAAGUUCCCGUUUCAGAUGAGUCUGCAGCACCAAUUGCCGAAAAUCCUUUUGUCGAGCCCGUAGUCGUUUCCGUCCCAAUUUCAGAUGAAGUUGAACCUGCACAGAAACUAGAAGAUUACUCUGUCAAUCCUGUAGUCGGGGAUGUUCGUAUUUUCAUUCCCCUGGUUGCUGAUGUUCCCAAUACCGAUGAAGCUACACCCAUUGAAGAAGAGCCUUUUGCUGAUCCUGCGGUCGCCUUCGCACCCGUUUCAGAUGAAUCAGAGCCCGUUCAGAAACUUGAGGAUCCUGUUACCAAUCCCUUGGUUGCUGGUGUUCCCUUUUCAGAUGAAGCUGUUGCACCAAUUGCUGAAAAUCCUUCUGCCGAUCCCGAUGUCGUUUCCGCCCCAAUUCCAGCUGAAUUUGAACCUGCUCAAAUACUAGAAGAUCCUUCAGUCAAUCCUGCAGUCUUCGAUGUUCCUAUUUCAGAUGAGUCUGCAGCACCAAUUGUCGAAAAUCCUUUUGUCGAUCCUGUGGUAUUAUCCGCUCCUAUUUCAGCCGAAAUCGAACCUGCACAUCAACCAGAAGUUGCUUCUGUCGAGACAGAACUCGAAACGGUUGUUCAAUCCGAUCCCGUAGAUCUCCCUCCAUCACCAGUGUUUAUCUCGGCAGUUUCUCCAGCUGCACCGACCAUUAUCGCUGCCGUUGCUCCACAACCUGUCAGCCCGCCCGUAGCAGAGAAAGUUAACAUUAACUCUUUAGCGGCUGCGAAUCUUCCUAAAGUAAAAAAUGCAUUAAAAUCUUAUUCUACUCAACCCAAAGUGGCCCAACAAGCUGUUAAACAAGAUUACAGCAAGACAACACGUCCAGCAGUUUCACCCACCAAACCACAGGUCCAGUAUAAAUACCAGCCAAUCACAUCCACUUCGCCUUCCAUCGCAUACGGACCCCCUCGUAUUACCACUAAUAAUCCGCAAUCCUCAUACGAAAAAAGCAGUUUCCCCACUCGGCCGUUCGGAUCUUCACCCAAACCAAGGCAAUUGGGUUUCCCUCCGGUCGCCAGCACUCGAGAUAAUGUUCUUCUUGAAGUCAAUUGGGACGCCAAACUCGGUCGACCUUAUCGCCAAGCGAAAUUGCAUUAAAUCGAUGAUAAUAGUUUUACGAUGAAACGCAUACUACUGAUUUCUUUUUAAAAUAGCUUUAUACUACAUUUACAGAGAACUUGAUGGUUGUAUAAUACUAAAAGUCUACCGAUUGUUUGGGUGGGGAAUCGAUCUUGAACCGUUUGUGCAUUCUAAAACGAUUGUUGAAAUUUUGUUAUUGUAGACGUUGCCUAGCUGAAGUUACGUGUUUGAAUACUGACGAGAAAAUAUACAACAUACUCUGGCAA